UGUUCACUAUAUAAUGCGGCGCCCUCUUGAUCGAUCAGCAACGAAUCAUCCAAGAUAGCAGCAGCUAAUCCCGCAUCUCGAUCUUUCGCGACGUCCACUUACCAUACGUACGUCCGGGGAUCGAUCGAUGGUGAGAGAUCAGAAGGCGAUGGCGUCGCCGCCGGCCGCGCUCCCGGAGGACAUCGCGCUGGAGAUCCUCGCGCGCGUGCCGGACGCGGCGGGCCUCUUCCGCUGCGCCGCGGCGUGCAGGCGCUGGAGGACGCUGGUGGCCGACCCGUCCUUCCUCCGCCGCCGCUGGCCGGACGGCGCGCGCCACCCCUCCUCGCUCCUCGGCUUCUUCGGCCAGGAGUGGUGCCGCCGCCCCGGCGGAGAGGAUCGCGGGGACGUCCCUGAUUCGCCGGGCUUCGUCCGCGCGCCGGGGUCGGUCCUCGGGUCCGAACACCCCUUCCUGGGCUCCUUCGUGCCCGGCGCCGCCGGCAUCUUCGACCGCGCGGUGCCGCUCGCCUCGCAUCGCGGCCUCCUCCUCGUGCGCUUCGUCCCAGCCGGCGGCGCGGGCGCGGACCCGAGCGCCGACGUGGACCGCCUGGCCGUGUGCAACCUGCACUCCGGCGCAUGCGACGUGCUCCCCCCGCUCGAGCGCGGCUGGUUCUUCGACUACGUGGACGCGAGCGCGUACGCCGUCGUGAGCCAGGGGCCGGCGUCCUUCAAGGUGCUGAUCGUCGGCUACAACAACGAGGGCAGCCAGCAGUACGACAUCCGGACGUUCUCGUCCGGCGGCGAGCCGAGCUGGAGCGCGCCGAGCAAGCUCUUCAACCCGAUAGAGCACGGCAUCUUCGGGCCGUUGAAGCAGCGCGGCGCCGUGGUGCGCCACGGGACGGUGCACUGGCUCAUCUGGGACCUCGUCGACUUUCACGCCAUCGACGUGGACGCCAUGACCGGCCGCGUGUCCCUGCAGAAGCUCCCGGCCCCGAGACCGCGCGACAUGGAAUACCACCUCUACGACACGCCACGCCUGAGCGUCGCGGCCGACGAGACGGCCCUGUCGUCGCUCUGCCUGUUCAGGGAGCCCCUCCGAGUAGAGACCUGGACGAGGGGGGACGUCUGCGAGGAGGGCGAUGGGCAUUGCGGGCGAGACUGGUGCCGUGCUAGGGUGGUGGAGCUGCGACCACCCGAGCAGAAGCAAAUCGACACGCCGGUGUGCAUGUGCUUGGGGGAGAGGAGCGGCACGUUGCUCAUCAAGGACCUUCACCGGUGCAUGUACAUCGCGGAUCUGGAAAGUGGCGCCAUGGAGGAGACGACCGACAAGCAGUUUUGCCGUGGUCUCGACGGCUGCAAGACGGCGUUCCCAGUGGAGAUCGACUGGCCUGCCUUCUUCAAGUGUCGCCUUGGUGGAAAGUCAGGUGUUUAAUUUGGCGACAAGCGCGGCAAACUUUGAAGCUUAUGAUAAUAAUGCUUCUGGCUUCUUUGACAAAACAUGAUUCUAUUUUUGAGCCAAUUGUCCAAUCUAUACUUCAUUUGCAUAUUUUGUGUUCUUGAGAAUUAGGACUUCUUUUUGCGGAGCUCGAAAACUAGGACUUCGAAAUAAGACAGCUCUAGAACCUA